AUGGCAGAAAAUCGUCGCCUUCACAAUGCCAGCCAAAAGGCAUUCAAUGAAUACAACUUUGAUAAUAUUGACGAGAACUUCACUGCGGAUGAACUUGCUCUCAUCAAUGGUCCACCAGUGACUCUAUCAACAGAGGAUCGAACAAUCAAAGACAGCUAUGAUGGACUCAAGUGCCCCUUGUUCCAGGAGGUGCCGGCCCUGGAUGACAUGAUGAUGUGGGGUGGCGUGUUCAUGUCCAAAAUGGAAGUAUCUAUCUUCCGAAACCAAACUCGGCAACAGAGAGAACAGAAUGCUGCUGCUCGCAUUCUACCUCUUCUGCAUCCUUCUACGAGAGUUUUGAUGACAGAGGAAGAGUUCUAUGAAUAUGGAAAUGAAUUGACACUUCAACAGCGAAUGAUUGUGAAUCGAACCAUUCGAUUCUACAAGAAUAAUGAUUUCCAGGGUCGGUUGGAUAUCUUUCACAAGUAUCAACGGUUGCGAGAUCAUUACCAGAUGCUGGAAGCUCUAGAUAAUCAGCGUCGUGCCAACAAUGCUCCACCAGAUGAUCCUGCUCCAGCGCCAUAA